AUGGUCAAGGUCGAAAUCGUCGAGGAAAGGGACCAGCAAGAGUCCACCUCGCCCUACGCAUCCGCCGCCUCCUCCCGCACAUCCUCCUCCGUCUCCCUCUCCUCCGUCGGCUCCGACGUCGACGCCGAAGAGUCCUUCUACCAGCGCAUCGCCGCCCUCGUCGACAUCGUGCCCCCCACCACCCGCCACAAAAUCGCCGCCCGCGUCUCCCGCACCGCAGGCUUCUUCCGCACCUCCGGCAGGGUCCUCGGCAACCUCGUCUGGAUCGUCACCACCAGCGCGCUCCUCGUCGGCCUCCCCCUCGCCCUCAGCCUCGAGGACGAGGCCAAGAUCGUCGCCCAGGAGAAGGAGAUGCUCGCCCAGCAGCAGGGCGCCCAGCACAUGGCCUCCAUGUACGCUCCGCCGAGCCCGAACCAGCCCCAGCAGAAGGGCGUCGUCCCACCCGGUUUCUAG